CUUCUAUAUUUUCAAGUGAGAAGGCUGUUAAAACGCACAGGAGCAUGUCCAGGAAAACACAACCAAUGGCAAAUGGCCCACAUCUGUAAAGUAUUGGCAUGUUUUUUCUCAACAGAACUUCAUGUCAUUAGAUAAUAUCCUUUGAUGUAGUAUGCUGAGUAAAUGCGUAGAGAGGGAGGGACGGGUGCGGCAGGAUGAUAAAAAUGCCCGGUUCAGAAAUUAGUGAGUGUUGCUAGGCGUACAAUUGCAACAGUGGAAAUUCCCCAAUCUGUUUACUUGUUUGUCUUUUGAGGGAAGAUGCCCACAAGGGCAGCAGGGCAGCAACCAGGAGGAAGACAUCAUAAAAUAUCUGUUUUAUGACCUAACCACAACUCGCACGUUUUGUGAUCUAACUGAUGUAGCAAAGGUGACAGGAAGAUUUGUAUAUCUUUAAUGAAAUACUGACUCACUCUCACAAGAUAGGAUCGGGAAACCAAACUUAAUAAAGGCAACUCAGAAACUUCAACUGGUCCAAAAAGCAGCAGCCAGAUGACAGGUUGUGGUUCCUUUUAGAGCUCAUGUAACCCCUGUUUUCGGUUUGUUUCCAGGCCUGAUUCAAAGGUACUCAUGCUAGUGUUUAAAGCCCUAGACAACUUAGUUGCCAAGUAUUCCCUACAAACUUUCUACUUCCCUACAGAGCCUCUUGGGUGUUAAGAUUGACCAGAGUAGUAGUUGGUAGUUCCAUCACCCUCAGAGGUUGUGGAGAUGGUAGCCUGGGCAAUUAUAUUCUCUGGCAGCUCCUAGGUUGUAGAAUUCCCACAGAGUUGCAUCGGAUACCUUCAUUACAUAGUUUCCGGUGUAUGCUGAAGACUCACAUCUUUACUCUAACCUUUACCCUAACACCUGAGAUAAAUGUUUUCAGAACCCAUCCUAUUCCCGCGACGCUCAUUUGCUUUAAUUGUUUUUAAUAUGGGAUUUUAAAUUGUUAUAAGAUGCCCUGGGACUUGCUGGUGAAGGGCGGGUAAUAAAUUGAAUAAUAAUAAAAUAAUUAUAAUAAUAUAUAGGGGUUGUCCCUUGCGAGGCUGGCUUUUAUCAACUGGACUGCCUGCAGGACACGCACUGAGCACCGCAACAAUGUGUUUCAUAUGAUCCUCAUGCUCUGUUUGACCUGCAUAAUCCUUCAACUCCCAAAAGGGGUCUGAAUAUCACAAAUCAACUGGCUUCGGGUGCUCGUCAUUUGUAUGAUCCUCAGGCUCAGCCCUAGUUCCCCAAAGAUCAUAAAACUACACAUCUUGACAAUAUGAUCUGCAAAACACCUAAGCCAAUAUCAGUGGUGCAUACUGUGUUUCCCAAGCUCUGUUUAUGCGUGAGUGUUUUUCAUUCCUUCUAGUUAUGCAUGUUUUUAGACAUAAGUUCCAUUUUAGUUACUGCCAAGUAUAGGAUAAUUGUGUUGUUGUUAUGAGUGAGGAAAGGAGCAAGCAGAUUCAGGUACUAAUUCUUCAUAUUUCUGAGUGUAGAGUUACAGUUAGGAUUAUCUGGCCAGUGCCUUUUUACAGCAUAAACUGCAUUGUCCAACCGAUGGCAUUCAUGUUAUUGUUUUUAUUCUACAUGGCAAUUAUCCCCAUGUAAGCAAUGUGCGUAGAGCAGAACUUUGAUUACUGAAAUAAAUCUCAGUUACAUGGCCCUGGUUGUGCAAUUCACUGGGUUACUAAGGUGAUAUUUACUUGUAUAGAAGGAGUGUUCACAUCAAAGCGUGAUGUUAGCCAACGUUUGAAUCCUUUCAUUUUGUUUUCAGAUUAGCUAGAAACAAAGUCUUCUGUCUUCCUAAGUAGUCUCAUUUUUAAACGCAGCAAUGUUUUUGACAUGGAAAUACAUAUGAAAUGAGUGGAAUGUUACCUCUGAGAGACCAAUAUCCUCUGUUAAAUUAUGUUUGUGCGAUUUUUUUUAAAAAAAAUGAUCCGGAAUUCGCUGUGAACGAGGCUAAACAGGAACUAUGCCAUCCAGCCAUAUCAGACCUGCCACAUCAGAGCUUUUAGAGCUUCACGUUUUUUACGUUCCGGAAGACGUGUGGAAUUUCAAGUUGAAUACAGUUCCUGUAGAUGUUGCCAGCAAAUUUUUUUCGGCGGGAUUUAUAAGGGUGCCACCUUAUAUGACAUUGAGAACAUUAAGAGAGCAGCUCGGAGACUACCUGGGUGAAGAUGCAGUUGUGGAUAAGUAUAUCUUCCUAAAAUGUAUAGGGAAGAAACUUGCAGUGGUGAAAGCAAAGCAAGAAACAGAACUGAAGCUCAAAUCGUUUGCUCCUCCCUAUGCAUUUCAUCCAGAACUUUAUUUGUUGCCUGGAGUAGAAAGUAUUUAUUCAUCUUCAUCGUCAACUCCAGAAAGACAUCACAGCAAUGCAGACUAUAUACGUGCAUAUACAUCAUAUCAUAGACCACCUGACGUAUCAGCUCCAGAUCGUGAAGCUGGCCAGAACCCCAACGUUUUGGAGAGUUCCUUGAAACAUCUCAGCCCAACUCAGGAUAAAAAUAAUUUAAUAGGAUGGGACGGAACUGAAAAAGGAAGUGCUCAAGAUCUCCCUGCAACACAGAUCUCUAAGCAAGAACAGAACGAAAGGAUUAAAGAGAAAUAUAAUUCACAAAGAAGGGAAGGAGAAAUUAGUUGUAACAGAGAGCUAAAGGAAUCCAUUAAAUCUCCCUAUACAUUCCAAGAUAAAAUUUCUGAGAGACAAAACUCCGUAAGAAAAUCCACAUCGGUGAAAAUUCCUCAGCAAAAGUCUUUCAGCCAAGCUCGAGAACGGCAGCAAAAUACUCCUAGAAAGGUCAAGAAAUACAAAGAUUCUGUUGCACCUUUGCGUAUGAAUCAGAACCGAGGGCAAGAGGGAAACAACCAGAUUCAAGUCAAUCACAUCACACAGAAGAAAAAAGAAGAAGCUCCUAUUGCGCUGGAUGCAAAUACAGAAAACGAAGGUAACCUGACAGGAAUUGGAAUGGGAAGACACACCACAGGGGAUUCUGGAAUCCCAGAAUCAUUGGAGGAGAGAGACAUGGACUAUUCACACAGAAUGAGGAGCCAACAGCAUCCUGGAAUUGCCAAGUCUAUUGCUGACACUGGUAGCGUGCAAGAUAGCCAGGCUGAUGAAAAUAACCUAAAUGACUUUGCACAUCUGAGCCAGUAUAUUUCGCCUCCUACUCCACCUCUUCUGGCUCUGUCUGUAAACAGAGCUGAAGUUCCCAGCGGAAUCUUUCCAACAGAGGGUAGUGAGUUGAUCAGACAGCUGCAACAUGUCAAGGCAGAACGAAAGCACCUGGAGAGGGCUAGAGAAGAGCUGGUUAAAAAAGUGAGAAGCUUACUGGAACAGAACAAACUCAGGAGAUACCAGGCUCGUGAUUCCUGGAAAAAGAAAUAUUUUGAAGCUAAAAAAGUCACAGCUUCCUUGGAGGAAGUUUCAAAUAAAUUGCGGGAAGAUUUAGAACUUCACUACCAGAAAUUGUUGAUGCAGCUAGAAGCUAGGGAUAUAAGGAAAAAACGAAAUAAUUUAACACAGGUUGCUAAUUCAAAGAAUAAUACAAUAAUCCAGAUCACCACUCUGCAGCAUGAAAUUGAACAACUAAGGAGAAAGGUUGAUAAUGCAAAAAUGAAGCUUGUCAUAGAAAUUAAGAUGAGGAAGCAGGCAGCUUCUGAUUUGCGAGCACUGAAGGCAGAACUGGCACACAAGAAAGUUCAGUCUUCUUUAAGACUCCACCCUGAAGGACAAGUUUAUUAGCUGGCUCCCGUUUUUGCAGUUCUGGUGUAAAAGAAAGGCAUCUGCUUCUGAGUAAGCUGCUACGUUCCUUCUUGCUUUCCACGCUCAAGCCCCAAGGUUUUAAUUGUUAGCAAGAUCGACAGUGUAGUAGAGGAAGACUGCUAUUGGGUUUACAUUUGCUUGUGGCUAGUUGAAGUCCCUUGGCGGCUUAGUGGGGAGCUGAGAUGGGUGAACGAUGCAAAAAGCAGAUAAUGGAGAUCUAUCUAAACCUUACGCCUUAGGCCCCACAUUGGUGUUGGUUCAUCUUGUAAACAAGCUUCCGUUCUUUCUGUAGAAGUUGAGAAACAACUUGCCCUUCACAAGAUCACAAUGUAUCUAAAUAAUGACAGCUGAUGGAUUUACUUUUAACAAAAAUUGAUUUGGUUAAAAAAGGUAAACGCAUCGAAGUAAAUCCAUCAGCCACCAUAUUCCGAUCAGAUCUUAGACCUGUUAUCAUCCUCAGAGAAUGAGUUUCUGGAACGUAAAUGCCUCAUCUGUGGUAAAUUUCGGCAAGCCCUGCCCGUGAGCUCUUCCUGCCUGAAAACCAUGUCAUACGUCUAGUCAGGGAGCCAAAUAGGAGGCAUUAACAUGGUAACAGCUGGAAAGCUGACAAGGAAGUGCUAAUUACUAUGAGUAAUAGACGAUAUGAAAUAUGAAAGAGGAUAUUAAAAUCCUGCAACGCUUUUGGGAAGAGGAACUCUGCAUACAUUGAGCAAUCCCUAGCGCUAGUAUUAUUCAGAAAAACCUUUAUCGGGGUGCCCAAACCUUUUUCAAAGAGGGCCAGAUUUGAUGAAGUGAACAUGUGUGAGUACCAACCAAAAUUGUUGCUUUUUUGGGGAUUGAAGUUGCUAAGCUUUUCUGGACCUUUUACCCAAGGACAUGAAACGGACUUUAGACAUGCCUGCUUUAAAUCCUUUUUAGGAUGGAUAGGGACUCACUCUAUUUCGCUUCGUGUUUAAUUUUAUACGUUUGCUUUUAAUUAAGAAAACAGAAGUUGCCAAUUCAUUGUCAUUGUGAAAGACUUAAAAUUAAGGGCUGCUUCAAAUCAGUGCUAUUUUUCUAGAAAAAAAGGUGCCGGAACUCACCACGAACCUCUCCCUUGUUCUCUUAGAAUGGCAAUGGCGCCCACUUGAGAGGUGCCACAACAGAGUUCCAGCGAGUUCUGGCGGAAAAAAAGCCCUGGUUCAAAUGUGUUUUGAAGCCUUGGGGACAUCAGCUUUAUUUACAAGGAGGGAGCAAUAUUCCUGCAGGAGGCAAAGGUUCAUGUUUUUUGCCUCUCUGUUUAAACAGGGGAGAUCUGUUGUCCGUCACUGGGCAGAAAAAAUGCACCGUUUUCAAAUCUUUUAGCAAAGCGGGGGGGGGGGGUUUCCACAAAAGAUUUUUUUUAAAAAAAGUGAUGCAGAACAAUGCAAAAUAAAGCUGCUAAACGCCAAAAAUGGCACACAGGUCUUACUAGCCAUCAGAGAUGUACCUAAGAAACCAGAGUUAUUGGAGUGAGAUCGCGGCGCCCAAAUGGCUGCCAUGCUCUCACGAAGAAUGGGAUGAAGAGGUAUGCCAUUGCUUGUUAGCAAUGUACAUAUCUGUUCCGGGGUUGGGUCUGUUUGACAAAGUUUGGAGGAUUUUCAAUUAUUUUAACUAUUUCUUUAUUGAGUUAAUAUUCUUUGUAAACCACUUACAAAUUUUAUUACAAUCUCUCUCUCUCUCUCUCUCUCUCUCUCUCUCUCUCUCUGUGUGUGUGUGUGUGUGUGUGUGUGUGUGUACUAUGCAAGUUAAACAUCUGUGUAUGUUGUGAUCUGUGCACAAAUAUUCUAAAUAAAUGGGUGGCAUCGUCA